UUUCUAAUUACAGAAUUAUUACUCUUCUUUGUCUUGUCUUCUCUGUUGGGAGCAACGUUGCUAGCUUUGAUUUCAUACUCUUUCUGUCUGCUAAGUUUGUUAUAUAGAUAGGUCCAACUUUCUUGUUUGGUUCUAGAUUUGGGUUUGUUGCAAACAAGGGAAACUAUGCGUCCUAAUUAGUUGCCUCAUGGAUCCUUUUGAUGAUAUUCUACCAGUGGCUCCUACCGCACGUACUCGGCCGGGUGCCAAGUUUAUUCCAAAGGCCAAAUCGAAACAGCUUCCUCGAAAGGAAAUACCGGUGUCAGAACAUGCCACCUCAUCUAAGGAUGGAAUUUUGGGGAAUGAAUGUCAAAAUGCAGUUGCUUCAGCGGAAGAGUCUAAGGGGUUCAUUCAUCAUACACAGGUAGAAAUUCCAAAUUCGGGGGAUUCCACAAAUUCUAAACAAGCUAGUGUGAAAGGAGAUACUGCAGCCUUGGUGGAUGAUUCCACAAUCACAGCAUCUGAAGUUGAUGCUAAUCAGAAUUCUAUAAACUUUUUAAAACCAGCAUGUGAGGUUACUGAGGGAGAUCCAGUAGACUUUGAGGGGGUCAAUAAUGGCACAACACAACCAGUUCACCAUGCUAAUGCUGUAGAAAAUGAAUUGAAUAAUGUGGCUGCUCCAUCUCCAACUUGCUCAACCAUAGAUAGGAUGAAAGAACAACCUAAAAAUGGGGAAGAUUCAUUUCUUGAUAGCAACAAAUGUUUGGAACUUAUUGACAAUUCAAUCCUAGUUGGAAUGGAUUUGGGCUUCAAAAGUUCUUCAGAUGAUAAGAUUGCAAUAAUUCAGAGCAACUUUGAUUUAAAGUCAAACUUUUGUAAAAAACAAGAGGGAGUAUCUGCAGAAUUUGAAUUGGAUCCUUUCAGCAACAUCCUCCCUAAUCCUGUUGCUAGGAAUGUUCAUAAAUUUAAACCCAAGAUUAAGCCACGACCUAGAGCAGGCAAUGUGCCAGCAAUUGCUUCUGAUUCAUCUAAUGUUAGGAUGGAAAAAUCUGUUGAGUUGCCUACAUCUUGCACAAACAACUUUCAAUCUUUUCUGUCUUGUGGUGAUGGCAGUGGUGGAGUAAACCAAUCAACCAGUUUACCUUUGCCAACAUCAGAAAUUCUUAGGACAACUGAAUUACCCAAGAAGUUUGAUGAUAGUAGCUCAAGUAUUCCAUUUUCUGAAGACAAUAAGAGCUUGGCAGCUGCAAUUCCUUCCCAGCUGGAUUCCCCAAAUGUAAUGCUUUCAGAGGAUGCAGUUCAUAAUGGAACUACAGAUUGGUCUUCUAGUUUUCGUAAAUCACCCGGAGAGGCUGCGGACAUUUUUUCUGGGCUGGAAUCCCUUCAUGACUUUAUCACCCAAGCUGCCACUGGUACAGGUAAACCAGCCCUUCAUUCUUUCAAUGGGAAGAGUGGAGAAGAAAAUUUUGUCACACCUGCUUCUAGUUCUAUUAACUCUUUUGGGGAAUGUGAUAUUACCCAAGCUCAAAGGUGUCCUGAGUAUCAUACCCCCCAAGAUUCAUUAACCUUCAAUGAAGCCGCAGUCCUCAAUGAGGAUAAUACUCACUCUAGCAAUAGGAGGUCGGAAACAGAGGAAAUUGUGGACUUGAAUCCUGCCUGCGCGGGUGAUGAUGUGAUUGAUUAUCAAUUCAUGAAAUCUGGCAAAGAUCCAACUGGAAUUCCAGUGCAUGAAGAGUUGACAAAUGCUGCAGAUAGUCCCACAUUGGCUGAUUUUUUGCAUGCAGAUGUUACAAGGGAAAAAGAAGAUUCUAAUAAGAGAAAAAAUGAUGGUUCAACAUCAUGUUCUCUAAGGAAGAAGAGAAGAUUUAUUGCUGGUGAGGAGGAUAAAGGUGCUAAAACCUCAAGGCAGCUGAGAAAACAAGCAGCUCAUAAACCUGCAAACAGUUCAUUCAAUGAGGAUGUUGAAGAUAAUAAUGACCUUGACCCUCCUUAUAAUUCUAAUGGAGAUGAACUUCAAGAAAAUGAUGACGACUAUGAAGUCAAUUAUCCAUCCAGGAAGAAAAGAGUAUCAAAAAGUUCACAGAAGAAAUCUAUGGCUAAAAGUGGAAAAACAUCUCAAAAGCCUAAGAAGGCUUAUGAAGAUUUAGAAAAAACUGAGGAACCUCUCAAAAAGUUCUCUCAUUCAACCCGACGAAAAAAAAGAUGCGUGGACAAGGCUCUACUGGAAAUUCCUGAGGAUGAACUUGAUCGUUUAAGAAUACCUAUUAAAGAUAUUAUUUUACUUGAAGAACAUAGGGAGCGGCUGGCGAAAAAAGAGGCGAUGACUUCAAAUAUUUCUUCCACCAAUCAAAGUGGUGGAGAUUCUCUUCAUGAGGCUGGUGCUUAUAAUGAGGGGGCUUAUAAUGAGGGAGCUUAUGAUGAUGGAGCUUAUAAUGACGGGGAGUUCUUAGGUUCAGAAGAUGGUAGAGACCCAUAUGAUGAUCAGGCCAAUGAAGGGAUUGCGUCAACUUCUGUUUUACUGAAUUACCAGUCUUUCAGGGAAAAGACACCUAGGGGGAAAUGGUCAAAACAAGAAACUGAACUGUUUUAUGAGGCUGUUAGGGAGAUGGGCACAGAUUUUUCUAUGAUACAAGAGAUUUUCUUCCCUAAUAAAUCACGGCAUCAAAUUAAGUUGAAGUACAAGAAUGAAGAGCGGCAGCAGCCUUUACAGUUAACUGAUGCUGUAAAUAACCGUGCAAAAGAUCACCCUCAUUCUAAGUUGUUUAUUGAACGACUACAACUAGCUUCUGCCAAGGCAGAAGACCCCUGUAGAGAUGCCUCAGAUUUCGUGAUGGCGGAGGAGAUAAUUGAUGAUUUCACUGGCGGCUUAUUUAUCAGAGAAAUAUUCUUAAUUGCAUGAUGUUUGCCUGUGGGGAUGUGGAACAUAGAAGAGGUUGCGGAGGUUGCAACAACAAAGGAGGAUGCAGAUGUUAAAGAACAGGAAGAUUCUGUAGCAGUUCCUAGUCCAGAGCAAUCUGAUGACAGUGAGGAUGACUUUCAAAGAUGGUCUCAGUACAAAAGUGGCUAUCAGUGAUUAGUGAUAGAGAAUGAGAUAUAAAUUAUUUUUAUCUCAUUUAUUUUUCAUUAUAGUUAGUGUGAAAUUCUUUUAAUUGCUCAAUAGUGAAAUCAUUUUUCCAUCUUCCGAUCCCAUAGUCCAGGGCAUUUAUUAUUUUUUUUUUCAAUUUUGCAUACAGUAUUUUUCUGAAGAAUGUAUUGUGAAUUUGUAAUCUACAUGCGACUUCAUUAAUUCCGUAUAUAAAGAAAGAAAAAACCUCUUAAGUAAC